AUGGCGGAAGGCGAGCACUCUUACGGUCCGACCUGUGCGUUCCACGACGACUCCGAUGACCCUCUCUCCAACGAAAUAGAUACCCCACCGGUAGAGGCGCAGUUCUUCUAUGUCUCGUCUCUGCCUAUCGACGACCCUCUUAGUCCACUGCCACCAGCGCAAGCGGAGACAGCAUCUCAGCAGCCGCCACAGCCAUUCUCUGCACGGGAUAGCGCUGCGCUGGAAGAAGCAUGGCAGGGUCUACAUUACAAGAAACCAAUUGAAGAUGUCAGACCCAGCUCUCGCCAUAUGUUCUCCUUCCCGAGGUUCCGCGAAGGCCUUAGGUCCCCAAGUCCGAAGUCUCCAAGUACGGAAUUGGCGACUUCGGUACUUGACCUCGCCCCUGGAGGUGACGUCGAGGUACGAAAGAAACACAGGCCCGUUGGCACGCGGUCGCAGAGCUCGAGACACGCUGUAGCCACCCUUACGUCGAAAGAACACAUCGGCCACUCGUCGAGAUCUGUUGAUAGGCAAGUGUCAAGGCGGAGCUCUCCCGAGACAGUCAGACGCCCAAAGCCGGAUCAAGUGACCACUACACCUGGAGUGGCAAGAACGGAUGUCAUGCUGUCUCAAAACGACAACGAGAGUGGAACGGAGACACCCGUCAACGAGGAAGAACUUCAACGUAACGAUACAGCCGAUCCAGUACAGACGCCUAGUCCGACCAAGCGUCGGCAUUUCUCUCCAUUUCGGCGUACAUCAAAGGACAAACCUGACCACGAUGGAUCACCCAGGCCUGGUACACCUGGCCAGUCUCACCCCCAAGAAGAGCACUCUGCAUCGGAUAUUAGUGGUCGCCCUUUUGCGAGAGCGCCAUCAAAUCGAAAUAUGCAGUCAAGACUGUACGAAGGCCUGGAGAGCGAGGAUGAUGGUCCACGAAGCAGUCGCAGUCGUUCGAGAGACAAGAAGAAAAAACUUGACAAGUCUGCCGAGAACGAGAAAGUCUACGUUCCCGUGGGAGUCUCAAGGCUCCAUCUGGUCGAGCUUCCAGAUCUGAUGAUGAAACCGAUCUACUGGAGCCCCAUCAAUGACACUUCCACUGUCGUUCGCGCGACCUGGUUCUACAAGGACACAAUGUUGCCCGUCCCAGCGAACUUGGCCAAUAGACUUGAGAUUGGCUACGAAUACAUCAAACCGUACGCCGAGUCGUAUCAAGAUGAGCUACAGGCGUGCAUCAACAACGGUGCCUCUGCAGAAAUGAAAGUUGUUCACAAGCUGUGGGAUGAUCGCAAUCCGAGCAGACCAACUUCUGGAGCGGAUAAGCUGAAUACUAGUACAGAGGAAACCCAGGCGAUGGCGCUACCGGCCCACUCCGAGAACGCUGCAGCAGACCCAACGGCAGUGCCCUCGAAACGUAUGUUCGAGACGCAUAGCGUUAUCUACAUUGAUCGUAAAAAUGCCCAGGUACUUCGGCCAAGUCUCUUGCCGUCAGUCGCUCAAAAGAGACGCCCUCUCAGCGCUCUUAGGAAAGGCAGACAGAUUGGAGUGGCUGUUGUGCGAGGGUUCAAUCGGAAAGCGUGGCUCAAGAUCCAUCCGGAUCCGAAGAUGAACGAAAAGGCUGCUCAUGCCAAAGUAGGAGCAUAUAUGUCUCAGUCGGGGGAUGCGACAACACGCGGCCGCCGAAUGUCUUGUGCGGCGUGCGAUGAUCGGUACAGUACACCAAAAGUGUCAGAUCUGGUACUGGUAAUUCAUGGGAUUGGUCAGAAGCUGUCCGAGAGAGUUGACAGUUUUCACUUCACGCACUCCAUCAAUGGACUGAGACGAGAUUUCAAUGUUGAGCUUUCAUCCGAAGCGGUCAAGGGAAACAUGAAGAGCCAGAGCGGGAUUAUGGUCCUACCUGUCAACUGGCGGUUGACAGUCUCCUUUGAUGAAGGCAAGGAAGAAGCCGAAGAUGAUGACCGGACGUUUGCGCUCAAGAAUAUCACACCCGACACGCUGCCCGCUGUUCGGUCAAUCAUCUCGGAUGUCAUGCUUGAUAUUCCUUAUUACAUGUCCCACCAUAAGGAAAAGAUGACAUCGGCUGUGAUUCGCGAGGCGAACCGGGUUUACCGGCUGUGGUGCCGCAAUAAUCCGGGCUUCCGCGAGGCUGGACGUGUGCAUAUCGUGGCUCAUUCUCUCGGGUCUGUCAUGGCCAUGGAAAUUCUCAGCAAUCAGCCCACCUACGUCUCAGCUGAUGUAGACAUUGAGAGUACCAAGGCCAGCGAACAGGCUUUCGAGUUCAACACGACCAAUCUCUUCUGUUGUGGCUCGCCGUGUGGAUUUUUCCUGCUCCUCAACAAUGCUCGUCUGAUUCCUCGGAGAGGGCGUGCAAAGCCUGGCAUGGAAUCCGAAGCUCACGGCCCCAACAUCACCUCUGAGUCUCAGUAUGGCUGUCUUGCUGUUGACAAUGUGUACAACAUUCUCAAUCGGACUGACCCUGUCUCGUAUCUGAUGAAUGCAUCUGUGGACGCCGACUACGCAGCUUCUCUACAGCCAGCCACGAUUCCGUCCGCAACACUUGGUUGGCUAUCACGCAUGGGCUCGUCACUUCGAUGGGCCAGUCACAUUGUGCCAGAUCCAUACUCAGCACCAAACGUGCCCGAACGGCCGCACGUGGCGCACAUGCCAUCGACUGUCGAGCUAGAAACGCACAACUUCACGCGUGAGGACGUUGCAGAGAAAAGGAUGUAUCUGUUGAACGAAAACGGGCAGAUCGACUACCAUCUUGCUAGCGGAGGUGGCCCGUUGGAGAUUCAGUACCUGAGCAUGCUGAGUGCGCACAGCAGCUACUGGAUCAGUCGAGAUUUUGUCAGAUUUUUGGUUAUUGAGAUUGGCCGAAAGGAAGGUCGAGCCAACACACUGCCAGUGUUGCGCGCUGUCAAGCGUCGGGAGUGGAAGAGAGGGAACUUGGCUGAGUAA